AUGGGCAUUUUGGGCAGGAAGCCUGACAGGGGAGAGGGGGGAGCCGACCCUCACCGCCAUUUCCCCCUCGCGGCCCGGGGCCACCUCCUGGGCCGGGCCGGCGGCGCCUCGCAGGCCCGCCCCAAGCCCAGCCGUGCCCUACCGGCCUCCGCCGCGGCCUCUGCCGCCCCCCGAGCGCGGAAGGCGGAGGACAGAGCCCCGAAGCCCGCAGCCCCUCACCAAAAUGCUCAGCGCCACGGGCCUCCAGGAGAAUCCGAGCGCGCAGGCGCAGUAGAGGGGAGGGAGUGUCGCAAAGCGCUGGCUAGAGAAGCCAGAAGUGGGGUGGCGGGGAGGCCGGAAGUUGGCGGGGUGUCAUGGCGGCGGCACAGAGCAUCGCCUGGUUACUUCCUAGGGAAGAAGCGGGACGGCGGGGUAGAUGGUAGCUUCUGCGGACAAAGGCUUGUUAUCCAAAAAGUUGCUCAUCUUGAACAAACUCUUUGA